ACACAAACUGGAGCAAGGAUUAUUCUUAAUACCGGGCAAAUUACAACUUUGACAAUCUCCGGAAAUUCAUCUGAAUUUAAAAAAGCCAAAAUUUUGAUAAGAGAUUUCCUUGAAAAAAAUUCUUUUAUUCCAAAAGUUUAUUAUCUUAUUUUGGACAGAUCAAUUUUGAAAAAUAAUGACAAACUUAAAUUUGUUAAAUUCCAUGAGGAAACUAUAGAAAUUAACGAUGAUGUCGGUGAUGGUGGUGAUAAUUCUUUGGAAGAUUCAGACAGAAAAGCCCAUUAUUUCGUUGAAUUUCUACAACAAAAUAAUGAGACCGACGAUGAUGAUGAUUCGAGCAAACCUGAAGAAUUCCUAAAUUUAAUUUCUCCAUGUCAUUUUAAUACUUUCAACAAAAUUGAAGAUUGUUUGGAAAGAUUAUAUUUAAAGAUAAAAACAACAAUUAAAAGAAGUUAUGCAUUUCCCGACCAAAUCGUCUUUAAACCUAAUAUAUACCUUGGCAAAGCCUUAUUUUCUGAUGUUAUUAAUCCUGAGGAUACUUUUGUUUUAAAAGAAUGGUAUAUGUUUAAUAUCUUAUCAGAACAUGGUAGUCGUGAAAGUAUUGAUGAUUAUACUUUUGAUGGUGAAUUUUACAAUAAUAAUACCGUUAAUACUGCAUUUCAUCAAGGCUCACUUCAAAUUAAAGAAAAUUUCAAAAUACUUGAACAAAAAUUUGAUUUCAAAUUGGACAGUGAACAAGUUGCCCAAGACAAAAACAAAGGAAAAAUAAGCAUUUUUUAUUCUCCUGGAGAAUUCAAGAGGAGAAAGAUAACAUUGCGAUGGAGCGAACGAGAAAAUAAAUGGAAAGUUACUGUUAACGCACAUGGUCUUAAUCGUUUAGGUGAGUGA